AUGUCGAAAGUUCGCUCUCGAAGCGAUUCACCAAUAGAUCUUUGGUAUCCAUCUCUAAUCAUUCCAUUAUCGUCUUCUUCUGGUCAAGAAUUAUUUUCUACAUCAUUACAUAUUGCUUAUGAUCGUCUUAAUCCUCAUUUUGAACCUCAAGAACAGUUAUCAUUUUGUGGUGUUGCUUCUGCUUCUAUUUUGCUGAAUACUCUUUUACCAUUUCAAAAAUGGACUCAAUCUACUCUUUAUUCAACUGUUGCUCGAGCUCAUAUGUUAAAUGGAAUAACUUUAGCUAAAUUAUCUCAUGUUCUUCAACUUUGUGGUCUUUCUUCUAUAAUUCGAUAUUGUGAAGAUGAAACUAUUGAAGAACAAUUUCGUUAUGAUCUUCAACAACCAGAAAAUUUUAUAAUUGUUAAUUAUUGGAGACAAUUUCAAGAAAAAGAUAAAAAUUAUAUUCAUCGAGGUGGACAUUUAAGUUUAAUCGGUGGAUUUAAUAAAAAAACAGAUUAUGUUCUAAUUAUGGAUACAAGUCAUACAAGAUUUCCUCAUCAUUGGUUAUCAUUAAAACACUUAGUAAGAAUGAUGUCAACAUAUGAUAGAAUGGCAUCAAUGCCAAGAGGAUAUUUAAUUAUUAAUUAUCCAAAACAGAGUAAAGAAAAUGAUCAAUUAAAUUUUUACAGUUAUGAUGAAUUUCACACGUAA